AUGAAGCUCUCCGUAAUUGUCGGCCUCGUCGGUGUGGCCUCCGCCAACUCGCAUCUCGGCCUGCACCUGCACGUCGGCCAGAGACAGGGCGCCAACGACUGGAAGCCCGCCGGAGUGGACGAUGCCCGCAGCCCGUGCCCUAUGCUCAACACCCUCGCCAACCACAACUACCUCCCCCGCGAUGGCCGCAGCAUCUCCGAGUCAGACUGGACCCAUGCCCUCGUCAACGCUCUGAACUUCGACCCCCAGGUCGCCAAGGGUCUCUUCGGCAAUGCCAUCCUCUCCAACACCUCGAAGGACGCCAAUGAGUUCGAUCUUGACCAAAUGAACGUCCACAACCUCCUCGAGCACGACGCCAGUCUCAGCCGCUCCGACGCCUACUUCGGCAACAACCACCUCUUCGACCCAACCGUCUUCGCCCAGACGCGCUCGUACUGGACCGAUCCCACCCUCACGGCCGUGAUGCUCGCAAACAGCAAGCUCGCCCGCCAGAUCCACUCCAAGGCGUUCAACCCGACCUACACGUACCCGCAGACCACCGAGGAGACCAGCUACAACGAGGCCGGGUUCCCGAUCAUUGCCUUUGGUAACAUGGAGGAGGGCACUGUUAGACGGGACUGGGUGGAGUACUUCUUUGAAAACGAACGUCUCCCUACAGCACUCGGCUGGAAGGUCCGCGAGGAACCCAUCACGGAGGAGAAGAUGGGCAAGGUCGUCAAGCAGAUCACCAACGCCCUGAACCUGGUUACGGGGUCGAGCGACAAGGAUGGCUCUGGGUCUGGCAAGCAGAAGAGAAACCCUCACUCGGUUUCCUAA